AAGACGGAAGGGACUUGCACUAUGAAUUACCAGUGGCUAGGUAUAUAGUACAAUUUACCAUUUACCAUUUACAAUUACGAUUUACGAUUUAAUAUUUACGAUUUACGAUCUACGAUUUACCAUUUACCAUUUACAAUUUACAAAGAAAGCCCCGUGCUCAUAGUCUCAAAGAAUCAUAUAUGAUGUGCGUACCUAGUAGAGAUAUUAGCCGUAGUCAUUGAUUCAGUCAUUCUCGCUAGCAUGUAUCUAGCAUUGAUUCGAUUGAGCCAUCGUCCUGUUGAUAUAUACCUACCUACCUACCUACCUAGUACCUAUUAAUUCCUCAACUUUGAGUCACAAUUGAUAGUCCUGAUUGAUAACUCUGUAUCAAACCCAAACCGCUUUUAAAUCACAACCCAUCUUUGUUAAUACAAGUACAAGCCAUACCCACCCACUCACCAUAUCGACCAGUACGUACGUACCUACAUCAUCGGCAGCUUCCUAAAAUUUCCCAAAUUUCUUUCCAGGGAGUGAUAUCGCUAUCGAUAAGCCUGUACCCAUACAAACCAGGUAUCAAAUUCCAAGAACCAACCCAUCCAACCCACCCAGCAAUCAGCCUGAGCCUAAAAAGAUCCCCCCUCGCUCCCAAAGCUUUGUGACGCCUCGGACGCUUAGAAACUAGCAGCACAGGCUAGCAGUCGCGUCUUUACAUCUUCCGAGCCGCGCUUGAGUCCCACUGCAUUUUCUUAAACAUACCUUAUCAUUACUCCUAGCCAAAUUUAAAGAAAUUCAAAGAGCAUAAUGGGUAAACGUAAGGCAGCCAAGAAGGUCCAGGGUCCUAAAAAGAAAGAAGUUCUUAGCACAACUUUCCCCUGUCUGUUUUGUAAUCACGAAAACUCCGUCAUCGUGAAGAUUGAUAAGAAAGCUGGUGUUGGUCACUUGUCCUGCAAAGUAUGCGACCAAAAAUUCCAAUGCGCCAUCAACUAUCUGUCGGCUUCCGUGGACGUAUACGCCGAUUGGGUUGAUGCUUGCGAUGCAGUCGCAAAAGAAGGAGAUGAUGGAGGAGAUCUUGCCCCCGAACGCGCGCCUGCUCGACGUUCAUCUGGCGCUGCUGGGAAGGGCGAUGCGGAUGACGAUGACAAUGAUGACGACAUAAUGGGAGACGAGGACGGGAUGGGUGGUUACGGUGGCGAUGGAAUAGUUGCGGACGACGAGGAUUAUUGAGCUUGGUAUUUUUGGCUUGGGUUGUGAUAAUUUAACUGUUUGGAGUUUGGGAGGCUCACGGUUGGCGAAGCUCUUCACAUGGUUUUGCCCUGCGAUUGAUAAAUGGAUUGAAAUCAUCACCUCUUUGGUUGCAAAUCAUAUUGGUACAAGUGACAGAUUGAUU